ACUAAAAAUUAAAAGAUUCUUGUAAGGACCUCAUUCCCAGAUUCAGGAAAGAGAGAAAAUCAAAUGGCUUUCCCCGCCGCCGCCAUGAGCCUCCCGAACCUCCGCCAAGCACCGACAGCCGCCGGUGCCCCCGAACCUAAGCCCGCCUCGCCGAACCAGGUCUCUCUCCCAUCCGACUCCGAGCAGCCCCAGCAAACUUCUCGCAAGUCCAGGGGCAGCCCCCAGCUGAACCGCUGGUCCAUGGCCCGAGCGAUCCGGUCCGGCCGCAAGCUGGACCGUGGCGUCCAGAAGGCCCAAUCGACGGAGCUCGAGCCGGAGCCCGCACCGGUCGGGUCGCCGGACAGUAACGCCAACAACCACGCGUGGCUCGGCAAUAGCGGCAACGACUACUUCAUGGAGGUAACGACGGGGAAGCAGAUAUACAUGGUGUCGGACGGCACCGGGUGGACGGCGGAGCACUCCGUGAACGCCGCGCUGGGGCAGUUCGAGCACUGCCUCGUGGAUCGAGGGUGUCCCGUAAAUACCCAUCUGUUUUCAGGGAUUGAUGAUGUUGAGAGAUUAUUGGAGAUCAUAAAGCAAGCGGCCAAAGAAGGUGCUAUGCUUGUCUACACCCUGGCUGACCCUUCGAUGGCCGAGUCAGCUCGACAAGCCUGCAGCCUAUGGGGAGUCCCAUCCACGGAUGUCCUCGGCCCUAUUACUGAGGCAGUCGCUUCUCACCUUGGAGUCUCCCCUUCUGGCCUUCCCCGGGGUGCCCCGGGGAGGAACUUCGCACUCACGGAUGAAUACUUCCGGCGGAUUGAGUCUGUGGAGUUCACCAUCAAGCAGGAUGAUGGGGCCCUCCCUCAGAACCUCCACAAGGCUGACAUUAUCCUUGCUGGUGUUUCCCGAACUGGGAAGACGCCACUGUCGAUCUAUCUCGCCCAGAAGGGUUAUAAAGUCGCUAAUGUCCCAAUCGUUAUGGGCGUUCAGUUGCCCAAGACUCUAUUUCAGGUGGAUCCUGAGAAGGUGUUCGGGUUGACAAUCAAUCCUGUCGUGUUGCAGACUAUAAGGAGGGUGAGGGCAAAGAGUCUCGGGUUCGGCACUGAGGCGAGAAGUAAUUAUUCAGAGAUGGACUACGUGAGGGAGGAGCUGGAGUUUGCAGGGAAGAUUUUCGCACAGAACCCGGGUUGGCCCGUGAUUGAGGUGACAGGGAAGGCGAUUGAGGAAACCGCAGCAGUUGUGCUGAGGCUUUACCACGACCGGAAGCAAAGAUGCUCCAUGCCAAGAAUCUCAAAGCGAUACUAGAAAGUUCCGGGGAUAUGUCUGAACUUCACAUUGCAGAUAAUACCAAGUCGAGAUCGACCCCGUUCGCAUUGUUUGGCUUCCCAAUCGAGAGCGUGAAGUAUAUCAACAUGAUCGUCCCGAUGCUCGACCUGUCCCCAGAAAACAGAGAAACCCGUCAUACAAAAUAACCUAUGGCGUUGUCUGACUGAUGGCAGAAUCAGAUGGUACAGUACUAAGGCUACUUACAGUGUGGCGAAAAUAAAGAGAAUCUUCUUUGGGUCGAGAAUCCACCAAGGAGACAUUGAGGCCCGUCGAAAGCUGUUUCUACGGACACAUCUGCUCUCACCUGGAGUGCCGAUGUUUGCAGCAGUGAUCGUGAUCUGAUGGUGGAUUUGUGGGCUGCUGCUGUGGUCUAUCGGGCCAGCAGCGAGUCUCUCAGGCCCACUAGCAGCUGCAUCAGAUAUAUAUGACAUCAGGCUAUACAUAUUUGAUGGAAUAGAUUGACUUUUGCCGUGUAAAUUAAUUUGGCUUAACAAAAACAGCUAAUACGUUCACCUGUCCCACUUGUCUUCCUUACCGGAAAAGAAGAAAAGCAACCAAGAACAGAGAAGUAUUACCGAA